CGCUCGCGUGCCGACGUCGGCGGACUCGAAGGGAAACUGGACUGCGUACGCAGCGGGCGGAAGGCGUUGUCGCCGCGGGUUUUAGAUGUUCCGUCCACGUGGGCCGGGCUGCGGCACCUUCGCACCCGGGGAAGGGAGGAUAGCUCACGGCGCAUCGCACAACAUGAACAUCCGCACGCUGCUGCGCUGUCCGAGGCAGCAUCUCCUGCCAGGCCUUUUAAGCACACCUUUCCAUCGCUGCCUUUUCGUCACUCACUCCAGCACCCAUCUCGGAGCCGGAAUCCUGUGUGCGCAGCCAGUAACUUCUCUUGGACUCCACUGUACAAGGAGGACCCCAUUGUCAGAUGGUUUAAGGAGAAAAUUAUGUGUGCGAGCAACCUUGAUGGACCAAACAGAAGGGAUUUCUGACAAAGAACAGAGAUUUGUGGAUAAACUUUAUACUGGUUUAAUCCAAGGGCAAAGGGCUAGCUUAGCAGAAGCCAUAACUCUCAUAGAGUCAACUCAUAGCAGGAAGAGGUACUUAGCCCAAGUGCUACUUCAGAAAGUCCUGAUCUAUCACCAAGAACAAGAGCGGGACAGAGGGAAGCCCCUGGCGUUUCGAGUGGGAUUGUCUGGGCCCCCUGGUGCUGGGAAAUCCACCUUUAUAGAAUAUUUUGGGAAGAUGCUUACGGAGAGAGGGCACAGGCCGUCUGUGCUGGCCGUGGACCCUUCUUCAUGCACCAGCGGCGGAUCCCUCUUAGGUGAUAAAACCCGAAUGAUUGAGCUAUCAAGAGAUAUGAAUGCAUACAUCAGGCCAUCACCUACCAGUGGGACUUUAGGAGGUGUGACAAGGACCACAAAUGAAGCCAUUUUGUUGUGUGAAGGAGGAGGCUAUGACAUCAUUCUUAUUGAAACAGUAGGUGUGGGGCAGUCGGAGUUUGCCGUGGCCGACAUGGUUGACAUGUUCGUUUUACUGCUGCCACCAGCGGGAGGAGACGAGCUGCAGGGCAUCAAAAGGGGCAUCAUCGAGAUGGCGGAUUUAGUAGCUGUGACUAAGUCUGAUGGAGACUUGAUGGUGCCAGCACGAAGGCUACAGGCCGAGUAUGUGAGCGCGCUGAAGUUACUCCGCAAGCGCUCGGGUGUCUGGAGACCACAGGUCAUUCGCAUUUCUGCCAGAAGCGGAGAGGGCAUCAGUGAGAUGUGGGACAAGAUGAGAGAAUUCCAGGAGCUGAUGCUGGCCAGUGGCGAGCUGACCGCCAAGCGCCGGAAACAGCAGAAAGUGUGGAUGUGGAAUCUGAUUCGGGAGAGCGUGCUGGAGCACUUCCGGACUCACCCCGGCGUCCGGGAGCAGAUCCCACUCCUGGAGAGGCGGGUGCUCAGUGGAGCCCUGUCCCCGGGCCUCGCGGCGGACUUGUUGUUGAAAGCUUUCAAGAGCAGAGACCAUUAAAGUUACCCUGCACUGUCAUCUUA